GACUGGACGCUGAGUUGCUUGUUCCUGUGUUUGUUUGCGUGCGUUUAUGGCUGACUCAACCCCGAGUCCACUAGCUCGUGUGCUAUUGCAACAGUGUCUGCACGCGCAGCUGCAAGUGAAGCCUGCGGAGCCGGAUUCGGAAGCCAGAUGGGUAGAGAUCCAACGUGGUCUUAUUAUCUACGUAUGUUUCUUCAAAGGGGCUAGUGAAGAUAUUAUUCCCCAAAUGGUCAAUACAAUCCUGAAAGUGAAAUUAAGUGAAUGCGAAGAUGGCAAAUAUGUGUCUGUUUUGGAUUUGCCAGGCAGCAUACUUGUAAUACCACAAGCCACGCUGGGUGGUAAAUUGAAAGGAAGAAGAAUGCAAUAUCAUGCCAACAUUGAAAAAGAACUUGGACUAGAACUCUAUUCCCAGUUUGUGAUUCAGUGUGAAAAACAACUGGCUGCUAAUGUCAGAUGUACAGAAGCUGGUGUAGUCGUGAAGCAUGGCACAUAUGGAAACCGGCAAGUAUUGAGAAUAGAUACAAAUGGACCUUACACUCACCAGAUUGAGUUUUGAGACAUAUGUGCUACAGG